GCUUCUUUAUGUUAUGCAUCAUAAUCUCCCUACUUCCAUUCGCUUUGGCCGGCAAUUUCCUCCUUGUCACCAUGGAUCAGGGCCGAUCACAUACGCGCUCGUUUCAACCGUUUAUGCAUCGCCUUCAAGAGGAUAAUCAUACAGUAUCACUGUAUUUCAAUACUUUCAAGCCUGAAAUCGACUUUCAUAUGAAAAAUGAGCUGAUCGACCUGUCCAAAUUCCUAACUAACCCCUUCGAUGAUGAUGCCUUCGGUAAACUUGUGUGGAACCAAGAAUUCUCGAUUUUUACACAGCACAGCGCAUCAUCCAGGCCAACCCAACCUCACUUACCGCGAGCCCAUGUUUUCAUAGAAGAGAUCACAGACGAAAAUUGGGACCUGAUUUUCGCCGACUCGCUUUUUAGCGUUUGCGGUUAUGGUGUCGUUCAAAUGAGCAAGAGACAUCAUAUAAUGGUUCAUUCAAGUGACGUUGAAGGGCCACACGGAACCUCGAAAGGGUUUCACAAGUUGGUUAACCAUCCUUUUUUCUCGUACGGCUCCUACUGUACUCCGAAAAAAGCACUACUGGGUAAUGUCAAAGACUUCGUUUCUGAUCCUUCAUCUCGAGGAACUAUUGUAGUUGCGUUCGGGACAUUAGUGCCAUGGAACCUAAGCCCACCCGAUAAGCUCGACGCCUUUGUACAGGUUUUCAACAAUCUAUCCGAAUAUCGCAUAGUAUGGUCUUAUAAAGGUCGACCCAUCAAUGUCGGUCGUCAUGUGAUGAUUUCGGAAUGGAUUCCACAGAACGAUUUACUUCUUGAUGAGAAAACCGUGCUUUUCAUCAGUCAUGGAGGACUUAAGAGGAUCGCGAGGGAAACCGUCGACACGCUGCCAUCUAUUACGGAGUCAAGCAUUCUCAUUUGCCACGCCGUUGUUGUAGUUUUACCGUGGCCCACUGUGCUACAUCACUUGAAGUCUCGACUUUCUUACAGUGUCAAAGAGGCGGCAUGCAGUGGAAUGCCUGCUCUUUUCAUGCCGAUGUUUGCUGAGCAAAAGAGGAAUUCGUGGCUGGCAAAACACAAGGGUUUCGCGGAUAUCCUCAAUAAAUUCCUGCUAACACAGCCAUACUUGGAAGAGAAAAUUCGCAAAAUGUUGAACACGCCUGACUUCAAGACCAAAGGAGAAUUACUGAAGAAGAGAUUUCUCGACCAACCUUUGAGUUCGCUUGAUCACGCAGCUUUUAUUGUGAAUAGGUUGCUCAAGUAUGGUGGUCGGAUGCCGUCGUUUUUCUAUACACGUUCUUUAGAGCUCAGUUACUUUACUACUUUGAAUAUUGACAUCAUAGUUGUUAUACCUUUAAUUAUGCUAACCAUAUUGUUAUAG